GCUCCAUAAUCAGCUGUUAUGUCGGAUUCGUAGAACGUAGAGGGGGCACUACUCGUUGUGGUUAAAAACCAUUUUCCUUAUCACAAAUGUAAAGUUUUAGUUUAAAUGAUAAAAAAAACGUAUUUCGGACAUCUUCCAAUCUUAGUUCAACAAUAGAUCACACUCCAAGGCGAAGACAAAAAUCGAUAAUCUUAAUUUUUUUUACAUCGUGUGCCAGUAUCGAUAUUCACUAUGUCACACUAUAGUGAUGCUGAAGACUCCAUCGGUGAAAGUGCUGAAAGUGAAGGAUUGAGGAAGCGUAAAAUUUGGGACCUGGAGAAUGAGAGUUUAGCAUCGGAAAUUAAGGAACUCUUGGACGACGAUGUUAAUUCCUUGGUUGAGGAGGAUUGUGUGGGGUGUCCUUUACCUUCAACACCUGAAGAUGAGGCAAUUUUGGAUUCGGAAAUGAGCGAAGUCCUCAAGGCUGCAGUUUUAGGUACAGGCGAUGAACUGGACAUCACUGCUUUGGCCCAUAACGCUGCCAGCCAGGCUGAACACGUGGUCCGUAAGAUGAUACAGGCAGGUUGGUCAGUUUGUCACUUCCGCAACCUGCCGGCUUGGCUUCAAGACAACGAUUUCCUCAUUUUCGGACACAGGCCCCCACUGCCGAGCUUCAGGGCUUGCUUCAAGAGCAUCUUUAGGAUUCACACGGAAACUGCUAACAUAUGGACGCAUCUUCUUGGGUGCGUCGCCUUUAUCGGCCUAGCCACUUAUUUUCUGCUAAGUCCGCCAAUCGAAGUAGAGUUUGAAGAAAAGCUGAUAUUCAGCCUAUUUUUCCUCGGAGCUAUUUUAUGCCUAGGACUGAGUACGCUCUUCCACACAGUAUGUUGUCAUUCGCAGUCGAUUCUGAACGUGUUUUCAAAAUUAGAUUACUGCGGCAUAAGUAUAUUGAUAAUGGGUUCCUUCGUACCCUGGUUAUAUUACGGUUUCUACUGCCACUUCCGACCGAAGUUGGUCUACACGACUGUCACGUGCGCUAUGGGAAUAGCGACCAUGGUGGUCAGUCUGUGGGACGAGUUUUCCAGGUCUGAGUGGAGGCAUGUGAGGGCUGGCCUGUUCGUGCUCUUCGGUCUGUCCGGAGUGGUGCCAGCCAUACACUUCGGCAUGCUGGAGGGAUGGUUCACCAACAUAUUCCAGAAGUCGUUGGAGUCGAUGCUGCUGAUGGGACUUUGUUACAUAGUCGGUACCAUGCUUUAUGCGUUGAGGGUGCCGGAGAGGUUCUAUCCAGGUAAAUUCGAUAUUUGGCUGCACUCCCAUCAGAUCUUCCACGUUUUCGUGGUCAGCGGGGCCCUUUUGCACUACAAGGGAUUGAUGGAGAUCGCUAAGCAUAGGUUGGAGAUAGCACAGUGCGAAAUUUCAUGACACACCGAAAGGAUCGGUUAUCAAAAUUGUAUGCGUAGUGAAUUUUAGUACGGGAAAUGUGGGUUUCGACAAGUUCACUACCAAAUUCCACGAUUAUUCAUCACUUUUAUAGAUACAGACAAAAUCUUACAUCAGAAAUUAUGGUGCUACAUUAAUACUGCAAUUUUUUCCCAGUUAAAGAUCAAAAUCCGUCAGUUUUCUUAGAUACUCAGGAAUUUAUUUAUUGCGUGGUAUGAAUUAAAAAUGUUAAGAAAGAGAUAUUGAAUGUGUAUUUUUCCCUAAAGUUACUAAGAUGUGGAAUAUUUAUAAAUCGAUGUUUUCCAUUAUUGAAAAUUUAAAAAUGCUUGAUAAUAAAUUUCUGUUCCAAAGUUUGUUCAUUGUGAAUUUAUUUUUAUUAAUUGUUAUGUGCGGGGUUUUAAAUGAUUGUUACAUCGCAGGUUGCUUCAAAUUGCUGUGUCAAACUAGCUAUGCUAGGAUUCCAGAAUUGACACUCACUGUGACGUUACAAUCAUAAAUUUGUAGUUUCAUUUUCAAACGUUAAGAAAUAUAUCUACUUAGAUCAAAAUAGAUUAGGUCUGUUCAUUUGUAAUCUUGAUAAUAAGUUCAAUUUGUACAAAUUCAAAUGGUACCUAAAUAGUUUAGUUAUGUGAUAUUUGUUUGAGGAAGGAGCAUCUGCUCAAUGUUAAUGAAAUAUAUAAUUAUGGAUAAA